UCAAAUGGUCGAAUCAUGAAAGUUUUGGUUUUGUCUUAAACGGAACCGAGUUUCACUAUUAAAGCUCUAAUGCCCGCACUUCUCCUUCUCCCUGCUAAAUCUCGUUACCCCUUUUUUCCUCACUAUUAAAGCCCUAACCUUCUGACCCAUUUUCUUUUUUCUUUCUCUUUUCUGUUUCAUACUCUGUAAUUAGAUUAGGGUUUUAUACACUUCUUCUUGUACGCUUAGGAAUUAGGAUUUAUUGAUUUCUCUUCCCUUAUAUAUAUUUGUUAAUUCUGUUAAAUUUCAGAGUCCCUUGUGGGUAAAGUUAUUGUAGUUUUAUUUUCUAUAUUAUCAAGAUUGAAUUUGGGAUUUUUUUCCCUUUCUUUGAGCUAUUCUGUAAUGGAAGAUUUAGAUUAGAGUUUCUUGUUAUCUUGAUUUGUAAUAUACGGUAAUGGAAAUGGAAAGCUCUCGAAGACCUUUCGAUAGAUCAAGGGAGCCAGGCUUGAAGAAACCCCGAUUAAAUGAAGAACCAGAGCGAGGAGGUCUCAAUUCGAAUCCAAAUACCCGGGCUUUUCCGCAAAGACCAACUGGGAGCAACCCUUUGGUUUCAAGUCGCGGCAGCAGCGGCGGCGGAGGAGGGUAUCAGCCACAGCCUUUGUCGCAGCAUCAGCAGCAGCAACAGCAACAUCAGGAGCUUGUGAGCCAGUACAAGACUGCGAUUGCGGAACUGACUUUCAAUUCGAAGCCCAUAAUUACCAAUCUGACUAUAAUCGCCGGAGAGAAUCUCCAUGCUGCCAAGGCAAUUGCUGGGACUGUAUGCCACAACAUUCUCGAGGUCCCUAGUGAUCAAAAGCUACCAUCGCUUUAUCUUUUAGACAGUAUCGUAAAGAAUAUUGGGAGGGAUUACAUAAAAAACUUUGCUGCCAAAUUACCUGAGGUAUUCUGCAAGGCAUAUAGGCAGGUUGAUCCUCCUGUACAUACGAGUAUGCGGCAUCUUUUUGGGACAUGGAAAGGAGUUUUCCCUUCUCAGACACUUCAGAUGAUUGAGAAAGAACUUGGUUUUGUUCCUGCAGCAAAUGGUUCUUCUACAGGUAAUGCAACAUCUAGGCCUGAUUCACAAUCAAAUCGUCCACUGCAUAAUAGCAUUCAUGUCAAUCCCAAAUACUUGGAAGGGCAGCGUCUUCAGCAGCUAAAUAGGGCAAAAGGACUGGCUAGUGAUGUAUCUGGGUCUAUUGCAAACUCAAUUGAGGAUGCAGAGAACAUGGACAGAGCAACCAGUAUCAGUACUGGACGAGCAUGGGCUGAUCCAUCUGUUAAACUGCAUAAUACGCAGCGUUCAAAUAGAGGUACAUCCAGUGAGGGUAUUCAUGAGAAGAGCACUGGUGCAGAGUAUGCAGACUAUGACUAUAGCUCUGAUUUUUCAAGGAAUUCAGGCUUGGGGAUUGGAAGAGGUGGUGGGAGGGUUUCUGAGCCAGUACAUGAUAAACUUUGGCAUGGAGAUGGUAGCAACUUUGCUGAAUCAGUAUCUGGUCAAAGAAAUAGUUUCAGUAUCAAGCAUGGAUUUCCAAAUUACCCAGCUCCUAAAUCUACAAAUGUUGUUAACACUAAUCUUCAGCCAGCACAAAACAUUGUAAGUAGAAGCAGUGGUGGGGUGUCUAGCAGUAGUUGGAAAAAUUCUGAGGAAGAAGAGUUCAUGUGGGAUGAUAUGAACUCUAGAUUGUCAGACCAUGGCGCAUCUGGAAUUUCUAGUAAUUUGAGAAAAGAUUGUUCAGCUUCUGAUGAUUCAGACAAAUCAGGGUUUGAAGAUCACAUCCAUAAACCACACAGUGUACAUGAGUAUACACCAAGGGGUGAUAAAGAGGCUUCUAUUGAUUCACUUUCUGUUGAACAUAAAGAUCUACCUGGUCUUGGACCCCGAAUAUCAUCUCCGUGGUUGUUGCAGGAACCCCAAUUAAUUGAUGGACUGCCGCGUCCUGUAAGUUCAAGCAUUGGCUUCACAACAAAUGCUGUUUUAGGGUCUUCUGGAGCACUAACACAACAACGGUUUCAAUCUUUAAAGUCUGGGCAGUCAUCACUGAGACAGCGGCCGCCCUCACCUACAUUAACUGCACGCCAUCCUCUCCUUCCAUCACAAAAUUCAACCGAUCAAGAACGUACAAAGGCACAUUCUCUUAGUCAUCCUGAUUCUAAAGUAUUUUCAGGGCAGUUGAAUGUAGGGGUGCAUAACAUACAUACUCAGGAUUCAUUGCCCAUCUCAUCCUCCCGUGUUCGACUGGGAAAAAUGGCAAAAUCACUGCCCCAUGAUGUACAAGCUUCUUCUCCUUCACUUCCCACUUUUCCGCUGAGGCAUACUUCCUUUUCACAGCAAGUAGAAGAUUCUACAGAGUCUGAUCCUUUAGGUCUAAUUCAAAAAUCUUCUCUACCUCAGGCCUCUAUUGCGGGGAUUCCUUCAACGAAUAGUAGAUCUGCAUCAGACCACUUGAAUGCUCCUCUUACUGUAGAAACUUUGGGAGACUCAAGUACAGCUAGUCUACUGGCUGCUGUUAUGAAGUCUGGAAUUCUUUCGAACAGUUCAAUUACCAGUAGUAGUCUACCUAACCUGAAAUUUCAAGACUCAGGGCAGUUGCCAUCACAGGCAAGUCAGCCUCCUCUUCCCACUGGACGUACUCCUACUCAGGUCAUGAGCUCAGGGUCCAGGGCUGCAUUGACAUCUUCAUUAGGUCAUUCCUCCUAUGAUGGCUUGUCAGCAUCCUCUAAGAUACCUAGAAAGAAGGUAGAGCAGCCGUCAAUUUCACCUGUUCUACCACUGUCUUCGUCUCCUGCUGGUGGUGCAUCAGAAAAUGCUCCAAAUGCUGCAAAGAAAGCCUCAGAUCCAAUUUCCAACCUCCUUAGUUCUUUAGUUGCUAAGGGUUUAAUAUCUGCAUCAAAGACAGAAUCACCUGCUGUGAUUCCACCUGAAGUUCCUGCUGAAACUCAAAAGAAGAGCCGGAGCGUUACUAGCACCAGCUCUGUCCCAUUGUCCUCAGUUUCAGUUUCCCCUGUUUUGUCUACCAAGGAUGAUGGUGUAUCUCUCUCAGAACCUGAUUCCAGUACCCAUGUUGCCAAUCCUCAGUCCACAAAACCCGAGAAACCCCAGUCAACCAACUUGGAGAUUAAGAAUCUUCUAGGGUUUGAGUUUAAGCAAGACAAGAUCCGGGAAUUUCAUUCAUCUGUUGUCAGUGAACUCCUUGAUGGCUUUGAACACCGGUGUGCUAUAUGCAGUCUAAAACUCAAACAUCCAGAACAAUUGAAUAGACACUUGGAGUGGCAUGAUUUGAAAAAAGCUAAUGAUUCUACCAAGGCAUCAAGAAAGUGGUAUGUUAAUUCAAGGGACUGGGUCACUGGAGUAGGAUUUCCAUUGGGAUUUGAGAUUGCGAAAUCAGUGGACAAGUAUGAGCCAAUGGUUCCUGCAGAUGAAAGUCAAUGUGUAUGUGUUCUAUGUGGUGAGAUUUUUGAAGAUUUCUAUUGUGAAGAAAAGGAUGAAUGGAUGUUCAAGGGUGCAAUGCACAUGAUCAUUCCUUCUGGGAUUGGUGAGUUAGAAAGUAACAACAAGAACGCUAGUGAGGGUCCCAUUGUACAUGCAAAUUGUGUAUCAGAAAGUUCACUCCCUGAUUUGGGACUGGUCAGCAGUGUCAAAAUGGAACCGGACGUAUAAUGCUCUGAGAUGGAGAGAACCUUUUUUUCUAGUCUGACAGAAUCGGGUGAAUGAAUCCAGGUUCAUUUCUGUAGUUUAAAUCUGUAUGGUCGUCAGAUGCUAAUUUUUUGUGCCUCAGAUCAGAACAAUGGUGAGAGCUCUUUGUUUAUGUUCUUGCUCUCACUCCCUUUUAUUUUUUUGGUUCUUUUUAUCUUUCCUUUUGUUUUAAAUCAUAGUAUGAGAUGGAAAAGUUACACAAUGAAGGAAGAUGAUUGGUAUAUUGAAGGUCUCUCUAUUCUCUAACGUGGUUGAUAUGUUCCUGUCUUUCAUUCUCUUUUCCGUUUCCCAUUUCUUACACUUUUGAAGCGACUACUACACUUGAUUGAUACCAUAUACCUACCAGGCAUAGCAAAACAAGGAAAACCGGUUUGUGAACAUGUCGUUUCGGCAAAGCAGUGACUGACAACUGCCUCUGUAUCACUAAAACAGCGACUAGAUUUAUCUUUCUUUACACUUCUAUUUCAUUUUUGGCUUUGGUUUAAUCACAUUACACUACCUCUGUUAGUUGAGCUUCUUGAGUAAAAGCUUUCUUGCUGCAACGUUUUUGGGAUAAUGAGAAAUAUAUGAUUGGGACAGUAAUGAAAUAUGUUGUUUGAGAAUUGAUAUUCUCUUCACUUGCA